AUGGCUUGGCGCUUUCUCCUAAUAGUUACCUCUGUACGAUGGAACACAGGUUUAGGAAACAACAAAGACAAGAACCCCGAGGACACAUGCGACCCCGAGGACACAUGCGGCCCCGAGGACACAUGCGGCCACGAGGACACAUGCGACCCCGAGGACACAUGCGACCCCGAGGACACAUGCGGCCCCGAGGACACAUGCGGCCCCGAGGACACAUGCGGCCACGAGGACACAUGCGGCCCCGAGGACACAUGCGGCCCCGAGGACACAUGCGGCCCCGAGGACACAUGCGGCCCCGAGGACACAUGCGGACCCCGAGGACCCGAGGACACAUGCGGCCCCGAGGACACAUGCGGCCCCGAGGACACAUGCGGCCCCGAGGACACAUGCGGCCCCGAGGACACAUGCGGCCCCGAGGACACAUGCGGCCCCGAGGACACAUGCGGCCCCGAGGACACAUGCGGCCCCGAGGACACAUGCGGCCACGAGGACACAUGCGGCCCCGAGGACACAUGCGGCCCCGAGGACACAUGCGGCCCCGAGGACACAUGCGGCCCCGAGGACACAUGCGGCCCCGAGGACACAUGCGGCCCCGAGGACACAUGCGGCCACGAGGACACAUGCGAGCCACCUCGCAACAUCGUAAACAACAUAGCCCUCUCACACCAACAUCAACAGAAUCCUCUCACGCCAACGGGAUCAAGAGAGGCCUCUCACGACAGCAUCAACGGCAACAGAGCCCUACGCAACAAGAGAGGCAGCAGCAGCAGCAGCAGCAGCAGCAGCAGGAGAGGUUUAUGA